AUGUCAGCGUUGCGGAAGAAAUUCGGGGACGAUUUCCAGGUAGCCACGACGUCUUCGAGCGGCGGCGCUUUUAAGCAGGAGAAGAAGAAGAAGCGCCAGCGCUUCGUGGAUAAGAACGGACGCUGCAACGUGCAGCACGGCAACCUGGGCGGCGAGACCAGCCGCUAUCUCUCGGACCUCUUCACCACUCUGGUGGACCUCAAGUGGCGCUGGAACCUGUUCAUCUUCGUGCUCACGUACACGGUAGCGUGGCUGUUCAUGGCCUCCAUGUGGUGGCUGAUCGCCUUCGUGCGCGGCGACCUGGAGCGCGCCAGCAACGACAAUUACACACCGUGCGUCGCCAACGUGCACAACUUUCCGUCCGCUUUCCUCUUCUUCAUCGAGACCGAGGCGACCAUCGGAUACGGCUACCGUUACAUCACGGAUAAGUGCCCUGAAGGCAUCAUCCUGUUCCUCUUCCAAUCCAUCCUGGGCUCCAUCGUCGACGCCUUCCUCAUCGGUUGCAUGUUCAUCAAGAUGUCGCAGCCCAAAAAGCGCGCAGAGACGCUCAUGUUCAGCGAGCACGCGGCCAUCUCGAUGCGCGACGGCAAACUCACGCUCAUGUUUCGCGUGGGCAACCUGAGGAACAGCCACAUGGUGUCCGCGCAAAUCCGGUGCAAACUUCUCAAAUCUCGACAGACUCCUGAGGGCGAAUUCCUGCCUCUGGACCAGCUGGAGCUGGAUGUUGGCUUCAGUACAGGAGCCGAUCAACUCUUUCUAGUGUCGCCUCUCACCAUCUGCCAUGUGAUUGACUCAAAGAGCCCGUUCUAUGACCUUUCUCUGCGGUCCAUGCAGACCGAGCAGUUUGAGAUAGUGGUGAUCCUGGAAGGCAUUGUGGAGACCACAGGCAUGACCUGCCAGGCAAGGACAUCAUACACAGAGGACGAGGUCCUCUGGGGUCACCGCUUUUUCCCAGUCAUCUCUCUUGAGGAGGGCUUCUUCAAGGUGGACUACUCACAGUUCCAUGGUACGUUCGAGGUGCCCACGCCUCCACACAGCGUCAAAGAACAGGAGGAAAGCUUGCUGCUGUCCUCGCCACUCACCGCCCCCUCACUCUGCCACAGCACAGGAGGCCUGACCGAAGGCAGCAGCACGGUGGACGGUCUGGAAGCCCUUCAGAGCGAUACAGAAACUGGCUCGAUUAACAUGGCUGCCCCAUUGGGCAGUACCAAGCUCCCGGCUAAGUUGCAAAAGCUUACAGGAAGGGACGGCAUGCCACGCAAGUUGAUGCGCAUGAGCUCCGAGAUCACAUACAACCUGGGCGAGCUGCCUGUCAAGCUUCAGCGAAUCAGCUCGGCCCCUGGUGUAGCCGACGACAGGCUGCCACCAAUCAGCUCACUGCUCAGCCCGGUAGAGGACAAGCUGCCUUCCAAGUUAGGUCUGAUAGGGGGCGGAGUUGACCCUAUCAGCCAAUCAGUGACGGACCUGCCACCAAAGCUGCAGCGACUGGCUGGAGGGAUAGGAGGAGUUGGGGUCGGAAUUGGAGGACGAAUGGACGGGCACCUGCCCCCCAAACUGCGAAAGAUGAACUCAGAGAGAUUCACGGGGUUAAGUCUGAAAUGAACAUGACUCGCUUUCAGGACUUCAUUUACCUCCUUUGUAAACUGGACAAUAAUGUUAUAUAUGGAACAAUUUAUAUAUGAAUAUAAUUUUGACCUAAUAUCGCUUAACACAAUCUGGCAUGGUUUUUUUUUUUCCACAAAGAGCAUGAAAUAACAACCAACAC